UACGGGCGGCGUGUCCAUGUGUGCCCGCGCAUUAGAUGAAGCGACAUUAAACCGCAGGAUUCCAAGUGGCCGUUUAGUGUCUCUCCCUCCACACAAGAGACCGUGGACUGGUCCUCUUCCCCUCUGAGUCAUUUUGAUUUCCCAUUCAUUCAUCACACAGCAAAUGUGAAUGCAGUCGGGUGAGCGGUUUUUUUUCCAAUUUUUUUUUUUUGGAGACGAUUAUAAUUAUUCCGCAUUUGCGCCAUCUCCGCAGUGCAAAUACACGGCGCGGCGUGGAGACACUCCGCAGAAGGUUCUUCUGCACGGAGGCUCCACCUUUUCAAGCGGUUCAGUGACCUCAGCAGUGGGCUGGACUGGAAGGGUGGGAUCUGCAGGCUUCCAGUGAGCGCGCGCCGUGGACUCCGUGCCUCUCUCUAUCUGUAGGAUCUAUGCGGCUGCGGCGGUAGCAAAGACGCGCCUUUUAGAAGGGUUUUUACGUACAAAACGGAAAACUGGAUCUUUUUUUUUUUCCUUCUACACGCGACUCCAAUCGGAAUAAAUAAUUGAGGAAUGUGGAAAUUACAGAAUGCCCAACAGCGCUGGAAAGAGAUUUAAACCCAGUAAAUACAUCCCAGUGUCCACUGCAGCCACGCUCCUUGUGGGAUCCACCACUUUAUUUUUCGUUUUCACGUGCCCCUGGUUGACGAAGGUAGUCUCCCCCGCCGUGCCGCUCUACAAUGGCCUGGUCUUCCUCUUCGUGUUGGCCAACUUCAGCAUGGCGACCUUCAUGGACCCCGGUGUUUACCCCAGAGCCGACGAGGACGAGGACAAGGACGAUGAUUUCCGGGCCCCGCUCUACAAGAAUGUGGAGAUCAAGGGCAUCCAGGUGCGGAUGAAGUGGUGCGCCACCUGUCACUUCUACAGGCCGCCUCGCUGCUCGCACUGCAGCGUCUGCGACAACUGCGUGGAGGACUUUGACCACCACUGUCCCUGGGUGAACAACUGCAUCGGGCGGCGGAACUACCGCUACUUCUUCCUCUUCCUGCUGUCGCUGAGCAUCCACAUGGUGGGAAUUUUCUCCUUCGGCCUCAUCUUCGUUCUCCACCACCGCGAGAGGCUGGCGGCGUUGCACACCACUGUCACUCUGGUGGUGAUGUGCAUAUCGGGGCUUUUCUUUAUUCCAGUCAUGGGACUCACUGGUUUCCACAUGGUACUUGUUGCUCGAGGUCGAACCACCAACGAACAGGUGACGGGCAAGUUUCGCGGAGGAGUAAAUCCCUUCACCAAGGGUUGCUGUGGCAACGUGCAGUAUGUCUUGUGUAGUCCCCUGGCGCCGAGGUACAUGUUGGACCCCAGGAAAAAGCCCCACGUCAAAAUCCAGCCCCCCUUCAUCAGACCGGAUCUGUCAGAGAGGCAAAUCACCAUCAAGCUCAGCGACAACGGCAUCCACAGCACCAUCAUCAGCUCCAAGUCCAAAAGCAGCCUGGACGGCUUUGAAGGGAAAGACACCCAGCCGCCACUGCUGCCUCCCAAAGCUGACAGGUACAACCAGCUGAAGAAACAACUGCCCUCCAGCGAAGAUGGUCCACUUUCUGGCAAGACCCACCCUUCCACUCCAGCCAUGUACAAAUUUAGGCCCUCCUUUGGCACCAUGCCUAAAGUCCACUACCACACCGCCGGAGAGCAGAUCGUCAUGCCAGACGAGCGGAGGACCUCGGCCAUCUUGGAAGAGGGUGUGCGCGGCCACGACUACCGGUCCGAGCCAAACCUGGACCUGCCCGAGUACACCAACACUCCUCUCCACCGCACCUUCCAGUCCUCUCCCCUGCAGCUGGACGCCGACCCCGUCCACUCGCACUCCCUGAGCCUGAAGCAGGGCCCACGCCGGCUGGAGAAGGGCCAGCUCUCCGCCCUGCAGCCGCAGGCGGUCACCUCCACCCCGUACAAGAGCGUCUUUUCGCCCAACGCGCUCUCCAACCGCAAUGGCAGCUUGUCUUACGACAGCUUGCUCAACCCCAGCAUCUCCCCGGCCUCAGCCAGCGAGUGCAUGGCCCACCGCGGCAGGCCCACCGUCGGGUUCCACUCGCCCUACCUGCCCACCAAAAUGUGCCACAUCCGGGAACCUGACAUGCAGAGGCACCAGGUCGCCCCCGCCUACAGCCCGGUGAUGCCGCCCAGGGGGGUGGUGGGCCGGCAAUCCCCCCACCUGAGGGACAGGGACCCAUCCCCGGUGCGCUACGACAACCUCUCCCAGACCAUCAUGGCCUCCAUCCAGGAGCGAAAGGAGAUGGAGGAGAGGGAGAAGCGGCAGAUGCUGCACGGGCGCUCCCAGGCCCACAUCUACGCCCAGGACUCUGGCGUGUUCGACGGGGGCUACGGGCUGCCCCGCGGCCCUGGCUCCAGAGGCCCGACACCCCCGGCCUACGGAGGCUCCAGGGACAACCUGAUGGGGGUGGGCCUGGUGAGCUACGGGCAGCGAACCCCGGUUUUGCGGCACCCAGCCGGCUCCACGCUGGGUCGCGCCCCUCGGACUUCGUCCACCUCCCUGCACACGGAUCACGGUAGCGGCAGCCAGAGCAGGGCCGCCGGGCCCGAGGGCCUCUACCGCUCCCCGGCCCACCAGGCCCACUCCCCCGCUAUGCCCCGGUCCCCUUCCUGCUCCCACCAGAAACUCUCCUACAUCAGUGCCCAUGAGAGGACAGACUCCCCUCGCCCGGGGGGCCCAAGAGAGGCCAUGAAAGUUAACGGGCAGAUGGAAUGCCACCACAGCGCCCAGGGCUCCGGCAUCAGUCCCAGUCGCCACAGUAACGUCAAAAAGGUGACGGGUGUAGGAGGCACCACGUAUGAGAUAUCCGUGUGAUGCCACCGCCGGUGACAACGACCGCGCCCCCCCCCCCCUCCCCCCACCUCACCCUCCUGAAGAAAUUCUCUCCUGCCAUUUUAGUAGAGUCCGAACGGCCAGUCGGGGGGGGCAUAACGCUCCCUGUUUAAGAUCUUUCUGCCCGUGUGUGUGUGUGUGUGUGUGUGUGCUGGUACCAGAGGGGUUGUGUUGCAUUUAUGCGUGAGGAGUGUCUGGUCAUCUUAGCCCAAUGUCGUGCAAACUUUUUCUCCCAGCUUGCGCAGGAGGAUGAGCAAAAAAAAAAAAAAAAAAAAAAAGAACCCCACUAUACAGACGAAUUAAACACUGAUGUCCUCACUAAGGACUCUUUUUGCGUCCUUCCCGAGUCGUUUGACCUCAAGAAGUCCAGGUGCUGCACGUGAGCUUGUACCGUUAAUGCAUGUCCAUGCCGUAGCUCUGAGAAGUGAGCGAGACCCGAGAUCCGUUGGAUCAGCAGCAUCUUUAAUGGCAGGCCACGCCAUUGUGAUAAGCCGGGAGACAGGGGGUAUCGAGGGGGGGUGGGGGAGGGGACAUCGUGUAAUGUCUGGUGGUUGCGUUACAAAUUCAUUGGGAAAGACGUGUUGUUGUUUAAGCGUAAAAAGAAAAGUUUAAUUCCUUCUUUAUCAAAAUUCUCAGGAAUGAAUGCAACCAGCAGAGAUGCUAGUUGAUGAGUAGGCUACCGAUGGCUCCGUCUUUGUUUGGUAUUGUUAGGGCUCGAGUAUAGCUCAGCCCCCUGUAUUCACUUCAUAAAGGUGCAGUGCAUCAUCAGUUUUUUUUUUUUCAAACAUGGCGCCCUGAAAGAUUUGAAGACCUCAUCCUGAGAGGUCAGAACGAGUCCAGCCUUGCACAACCAAAACGACUGUCUGUUUACAUUUUUCUCAACAACAAAAAAAAAAAGAAGAGAACUUGUUUUGUGUGUAAGUUGUUUGUGUUGUAUCAAAGGAAUCGAAAGGUGUAGAGAAACAAGCCAUUGUCCCAUGUAGUAAAAUUAAGAUAACUGGUCACCCAUUUUUUAUUUUUAUUUUGUAGCUUUCCUUUUUUUAUAGCCAGCCAUUUGAAAGCUAUGUUUGAUACAUUUUCUAUGGAGUUAAUUGAUCCCGGGAUGGAUGUUUUGUUUUGAGUGCUAUAUUGAGAGUCUUUGGUUGAUAAAUAACAAAUUGAGUUAAUAAAUUAGGACGUUAUAUUGGGAAGAAAUCCAUGAAGUAAAUGUAGCUUGUUCUACCUUAAUAGUGUAAAAAAAAAGGAUAUAAUUACAAGAUAUGUGGUUUGAGAAAGGGAAAAUCCUGAAUUCCGUCGUUGCCUCGGUAACUCGGUCUUUUGAAUUGCUGAUGUGUGCUGUACUCAAGGUUUGGGCUUUCAAAAGGUGUCGCCUUGAGAUUUCAGAGCCAAAAGUGUCUCAGACACAGUAAAUGGGGAACUCUGCUACGAUGUCACAGCAACAUCACGGGGGCUGAAAAUGUCAAACCAAGCAAGUCGCAGCAGCUGUCUGGUACAGCUUCAGUAUUACCAGACACCCACAGAUGGAAAACCACUUUAUUUUGUUAGUUAUUUUUGCUGUUAAAUGAAAAAUGAAUUACUUUUGACCACAAAAAUGAACUGAUAACAUCCAAAGCAGAUGGCUUUAUUUAUAUCUGGCUGAAGUAAAGAAAACAUGCAGAACUUUACGUAGAUAUAAAUUGGUAGAAAUGUUCCAGAUACAUUGGCACAAAGAAUGAACCAUUGUUGCCUUCUAAGAAAAGCUACAUUUCACACAAGCUACAAGGUGAUGGAGGAUCUCGCUUUAUUAUGAAUUGACGUAACUUUUUACAGGAUCUUUUAUUCUUCCCAUUACUGCUGCAUUCACCAAUUCCUUUCUCCUGAGUGUGGAGGGCGGUGGGAGAGGCAGAUUCUCGCUUAUCAAAACUCACUGGUAACUGCAGUCUCUCCUCCAAGGUCUCGCUCAGCUGCCUUACCAUGAACACAGUAAUGUGAAGUAACAGGAUGCUCUGUUCGAGUCGUGCGUUUCUGAAUUGUCAAAGGUGUCUGUUCGAAGGCUGCGGUGUACUGGGAUACUUUUGUGGGGGGGUAAAUGUGAUGUGAUCAGUUGGACAGCUAAACUGGAACAUCUUGAUAUUCAUGAAAUAGAGGGUCAGCUGCUAAGUUUUAUGAAAAUAUGCCGUUUAUCUUGACCACAUGAAAACACUAUCGAUGUCAUUCCUCCUAAAGAUGACUGCCAUUAGUCCAAUGCUCUUUUUUUGGGAUGGACAUCACUGCCGGUCAGGGACCCAUUCCUGACUGCUUUGAGCAGAUUUUGUUUUCUAAAACUUAGGAAUUCAACAUGUAUCAAAAUAUAGAAUAUACUAUAAAUGUACCCGUUCCUAUUUUUGUGAAGAGGAAAUAUUUCCCAAUGAUUUGAACAGAGUAAAUAAAGUUUUCCAACUCUGACUUGA